AGUAUCGUUUGCCUCUCUCCUAUCGCGAUAAGUGUCAUGGCUUUUUUUGGAGCUACGUACCAGAAAAGCUAAACUCUGCAAGCUUUGAGAUAAGCUUCACACGAGAGACAUGAACGUACCUCUUACAAAAGGGGCGGUUGAAGCCCUCUGCAAAGGCUUAGAUGUGGACAAGCCCGUGCUGCAGCUGCUGAACAUCCGUCAGAUCAGUAAUGCCUCAAGCCCUCCCAGGUUCCGACUUAUGAUGAGUGAUGGCCAGCACUCUCUGACUUCUUGCCUGCUUGCUACCCAGUUAAACUAUUUAUCUGAAGAGAACCUCCUGGUACCAAACUGUGUGUGUUUGUUGAAAAAGACCAUCAACAACACUUUGGCUGAUGGCAGGCGUGUGGUUGUUGUUAUGGACAUGGAUAUAUUAAAGUCAGCAAAGGAAACUGGGGGGAAGAUUGGAAAUCCCACUCCUUAUAAUACAGAUGGUAAGACUUCAUCUCCACAAAAGGUGUCAUCAAGUACCCACUAUGUUCCAGAGUCCCCUCCGUCUGCUGCCAUGCCUGGACCCUCCUAUAGGAACUACAGCUCUCCCAGAGGCAGAGGAGGAAGUUUUACGGGAAAAACACCCAUGAAAGCUUCUCCCAUGAAGGCCUCAGCUAUGAAAGCAUCACCCAGUAAGGGCUUAACUAUGAAGGUUUCACCCAUGAAAGCUUCGCCCAUGAAGGCCAACAGCGCUUCUCCAGGUUCUUCAGCAAAAGUGAAUCCUAUUGCAAGCCUCAACCCCUACCAAAGCAAGUGGACUAUCAGAGCCAGAGUCACCAACAAGUCGAGCAUUCGCACGUGGAGUAACUCCAAAGGAGAGGGCAAGCUCUUCUCCUUUGAGAUAGUGGAUGAGAGUGGUGAAAUCAGGAUCACUGCUUUCAACAAGGAAGUGGACAAGUUUUUCUCUCUAGUGGAGCAAGGCAAGGUGUACUACAUCUCCAAGGCUACACUCAAGCCGGCCAACAAACAGUACACCACGCUGAAGAACGACUACGAGAUAACCCUCCACGCUCACUCAUCCAUCGUGCCAUGUGAUGACAAUCAGAGCAUCCCCACAGUGCACUGUGACUUUGUGCCCAUCGCAGAGCUGGAAAAUCGAGACAAAGAUGCUAUCAUAGAUGUGAUUGGAAUAUGUAAGAGUGCUGAGGAUGUAUCACGUAUCACCACUAAGAACAGCAGAGAAGUCUCCAAGAGGGCUCUCAGCAUAAUCGACGAAACAGGCAAAGUCGUGACAGUCACACUGUGGGGCGAAGAGGCAGAAAAUUUUGAUGGCUCUACACAGCCAGUGGUUGCCAUCAAAGGAGCUCGAUUGUCUGAUUUUGGGGGAAGAUCUCUCUCUGCAUUGUUCAGUUCAACAGUCAUGGUCAACCCAGAUAUACCACAGGCCUUUAGACUGAGAGCCUGGUAUGACCGGGAAGGCUUUGCAGUCAACAGCCAGUCGCUGACAGAGACCAGGUCAGCAGGCACAGGAUUAAACAUGAACUGGAAAACACUGAGCGACAUUAAGAAUGAAGACAUGGGCCAUGGAGAGAAGGCACAGUAUUUCAGCUGCGUGGCGACAGUGCUGUACAUUCGUAAGGAGAAUUGUCUGUACCAAGCUUGUCCAUCUGCAGACUGCAACAAGAAGGUCAUCGACCAGCAGAACGGGCUGUACCGCUGCGAAAAGUGUAACAAAGAGUUCCCCAACUUUAAAUACAGACUCUUACUUUCUGCCAACUUAGCUGACUUCGGGGAUAACCAGUGGGUGACGUGCUUCCAGGAGACAGCUGAGGCCCUGUUGGGUCACAGCGCAGAAACUGAUGAGAGUCGAGUGAAGGUAACUGUAAUGGAAGUCCAGCCGGUCGACCACAGAGAAUACAGCCGGAGACUCCUGCAAAACAUCUACAAAUUGGCUAGAUGA